GCUGUUCUUGGUUAUUACGACUUCGUGACUGUUGCUCAACACCGAACAAUCCUCUCCAUGAUUGCUAACUGUUUCUCGGAUCUGCGCAAGGAGGACUUCGAGGUGGUUCUGAACUGUUUACCCAACCUCUGUGAACGCCUUCAGGAUUCGGAGCCACGCUGCGUAGAGCGUGUUUGCCUUUGUUUUGCUCGUCUCAUCGAGGCCUACCGAAAUGACCCUGAUAAACUGAAGUCAAUUGUCUCAUUCGGGCUGUUUGAAAACCUUAAGCGAUUGAUAUCCGCUUCGCCCCCCGUUGUCUCAAACGUGAAAGACAUUGCGAACAUGCUGGCAACCAUCUGUUCCAGCUGUCCUGACUUGGCUGUAAAGCUUCUACAACUGGGAAUGGCCGAGACGGCCUACACGCUGCUCACUGAAAAGGAACCACCCGCCAGCAGUCUAGAUUUUCCAAUUGGCUCUAAGGCAGGAAGUCCGCUGACUCCUCCACAGUCUCCCUUCGAUUCCCUUCUUUCCACCUCUACUCCGUCCAAAUCCAACACAUCCUUCUCUCUGGAGGACAGGGGCCAAGAGAAUGUCCUUACGCUGAUGAACCUGAUAAGCGAGUUGAUGCCUCCGCUGCCGGCCGCUUUUGCAGCACCCGCAGCAUUGAGUACACAAAAUCAUCGGCACUCGGAACUCCCCUCAAGGACAUGCGACAGCAAUAACAAUGCUCAGCGCUCGAAAGACACUGGUCAUCUGGAUGUACGAGCGAAGCUCUUCGAAACUGAGUGCCGCAGACUGGAGAAAAUUCUGCACUCCGGUCGCGUUUCCACUUCAGCCAAGUCGGACGAGACCGCCGCUGACGCCGGCCAGGUGGACUUGGUGAUGAUCAGGGCCGUUCAUCUCCUCCUACCCCUCCUAUUUGAAGUCUAUGCCGAACUAAACGGCAUCGCUGCUCGGUUAAAGUGUCUUGAGGCUAUUCACAGUGUGCCGGUGGAUAAGUUGUGCUGUUUAGGAUGUCUGGGUUCCAGCUAUCGCCACCGCUGCCUUAGAGGUGAGGAUGUUGGCCAUGUAAAUUGUUGGGUAAAGCGUGUGCAAUGCAACGUAGGCGCCCUGACCUGCAUAAAUUUGAGGUCAUGCGGUCUGGGGCUUUGGAUUGAAAAUCCAACUGAACUCCCAUAG